AUGCCUUUACAAACUCUGCGGAAUCCACGGUUGGACGCAUUACAAUAUGACCAGGACAUAGAAGAACUUCUCUUUCAGCGAGUUAGGACUGUAUUUAGUGGACUGCCAACCCCUGUAGCAUCGUUUUUGGAGUGUUCUCACCAUGAGCUACGACUUCUCGUUAGAACAUUAAUAUGGGGCGUUCAUUUAUCAAAAGGUCUUUCACUUGGCCAAUCUGUACAAGGCAUCUUCUACAAGCGUUACGAACGCUGGCAUCUCAUAACGCAUUAUCUGAUCUCGGUGUUUUUUCCGUAUCUUUUUAACAGAUUAUUUUGCAAUUCUUGGCUGAUUAAAAGGACUGUAAUGACUAGACUACAGGCGGUAAUUCGAUUUGUAAAAUUGCUUCACCAUCUUAUAUUUCUUCGUUUUGGUAGAUAUUGCACUAUAGCCGAACGGUUGCUAAAAUUGCAAACAUUUGCCAAUGGGAAUACAAGAAAUUGGGAAGUUUUAAACAAAGAACUAUUAUGGCACGUAUUCCAUGAAAUGAUGUUGUUGAUGAUGCCUAUUUACGCCGUUCUUAGCAAACCGUUACAACAGAAGGCAAUAAUUUCUACGACUACUGAUGACAAUUUUUUAGCUCUACAUUGUUCCAACUGCUGUAACUUAGCUGUUUUACCGGUACAGAAUACGAGCUGCGAACAUUUAAUAUGCUACUACUGCUACAACACUAAUACAGAGUGUUUAAUUUGUAAAAAACCAUACAUGCGUGAUCAGUACAUCCGUCUGUUGAACUAUAACGUCAUCUAA